AUGAAGUUAGAUUUUGACAUGACUGACUUCGGAAAGAUGAGACAUUUUCUUGGAAUAAAAGUGAUACAAUGUGAAGCUGGGAUAUUUAUUUGUCAAAGAAUAUAUGCUAACUCAGUAAGGAAUCCAAUUGUUCCAGGAACAAUUUUAUCAAAAGAUGAGGAUGACACUGAAGUAGAUGCUACGAUGUUCAAACAAGUCAUUGGAAGCCUCAUGUAUCUAACGGUAACUCGACCGGAUUUGAUGUUCGGAGUGAGUUUGAUGAGCAGGUUCAUGGCAAAUCCAAAAGAAUCACAUUGGACUACUACAAAAAGACUCUUAAGAUAUUUAAAAGGAACCACGGAGCACGGAAUAUUCUAUAAGAAUGAAGGAAGAAAAACAAGUCUUAUAGCUUAUUCUGACAGCAAUUACGCAAGAGAUUUAGAUGAUCGAAGAAGCACUUCUAGUUUAGUGUUUAUGAUAGGGUCUGGAGAUGUUUCAUGGGCUUCGAAAAAACAACAUGUUGUAUAA